AUGCACUUAAUUGCACUUCACGAUAGUGCUGGGUCUGGUAAUCCUUUAGGUGUUUCAGGUAAUUACGAUAGAUUACCUUUUGCUCCUUACUUCCUAUUCAAAGAUUUAAUUACAAUAUUCCUAUUUAUAAUAGUAUUAUCUGUAUUUGUUUUCUUUAUGCCUAACGUGCUUGGGGAUUCAGAAAAUUAUGUAAUUGGCUGUCUUCAAAAAUAA